AUGGUCACAGUAAAGAUCCAGUCUAGGGCGUUUAGCUCCAGGUGCAGAAGCAGAGCGGCACCACCAGCAUCAGCGUCUCUUCGUCUCUCCCCGGCUCCAUUUCAACAUUUCAUAUCUCACACUGUGCCUCUUUUAAAAAUGGCCGCCGUCCCUCCUCAACACAGCGACUCGGAGAUCCCAGAUAACCACAGAGAGAGCUGGCUGGCACUGCUGGCCGCGGCGCAGGCCUAUGCACAGAAGGCCGGAUGUGAGGUCGCCAUCCUCACCGCCUGCAGGAAGUUCCGGAUGGAGCAGACAGAGCAAGAGAGCGCCCCCUAUCCGCGAGACGGGGACUUCAGCUAUGGCGUGUGGGGGGCGGGCUUCCUGGCAGAGAGCGCACGCAGGUACAUGGAGGACAUCGGCAUCCUGCACUCCACCACCAUGAUCACCCAACACAGACACACACGGCAGCCACCUGAGCACACACACACACAGAGUGGGAGUGACAGCCUGUAUUCCCAGAGUUACCCAUCCAUCUACAGCUCUGCUACUGCUCAGAACACAGAGAUGAGCACGGAAAUGAGCACGGAGAGGGGCACGGAGAGGGGCACGGAGAGGGGCACGGAGAGGGGCACGGAGAGGGGCACAGGAGCAGAGGGACUAGCACGAGUUACACACACGGUCGAGGAGGUGGAGGAGCAGGACGAGGAGGACGAGGAGUACGACGAUGAGGAGGAAGGCAUGGACGGGAGGAGGCCAUUGGGCAGCGAGAGCGCAGGUGUGUUCUCCAUGGAUGAGGACUCUCUGUCUCGAGACUGUGAACCGUUCUUUGAGUCUGACGGAGAAGAGGAGAGCACAGACGGCUCUCUGAGUGAAGAAGCUCCGCCCCCGGUGCGCUUCAUGGCGGUGGGGCAGGUGUCGUCAUCACGGCAACAGAACGCCAUGGCCCUCGCUCGCUCGCUGCCUGUGUCUGUGCCCGUGUGGAGCUGCCGUGGCAACCGGGGGGGACAGGGGGAGGCCAACAGCGGAGAGAGGCAGGUGGGCUGUGCAGACCUGGACCAUAUUGCUGCCAGUAUGAAAGCUCUGCUGGUACCAGGAGCCACCGACGGCACGGAAAUGUUCGGAGCACUGCCCCGACCGCGUCUCAACACGGGGGACUUCUCCCUCAAGCACUGA